CAAUCGUUUAAUAACUUUAUAUAUUGUUAUUUCGUCUAUAUAAACGGUUACUAUUGGGACAACAUUUUUGGUUAAAAAAUAAAUAUUAAAAAAUUACAGUAACAUCUUCACUGCAUACGGGAGAACAGUGUUAAGCAUAAUCAUUUACGCAAAUAAAUAAAUAAUUUACGUAUUUGACAGCGCAUAAUUUAAGAUACUUCCCUUCUUCCACGUUCCUUAGUUAUGAUUAUAAGGAUACGAUGGCUCUUACAAUGGAUCGCGACUCUAUCCUGUUUGAUGAUGACUUCAGGUAGCCCAAUAUUUUUGCAACAGCAAGGAAGAAAUUAUCGGCCAGUAAUAAAAUGGAUGCCACCUAACGACGAUUGGAAUUGGACACUGACACCGCGCAACGAGGAACCCUUCUUUCUUCCUUCUAACUAUAAUCACACAUUACCGCCAUCUGCUAAUGAGACUGAACUAUUGGCCCACAUGGCAGCGUUAAAAAGAAAUUACUCUCGUCUCCUCUGGGACAACGACAAAAGCAGUAACCUUCCUGUUUUUGUGGAAAAGGCUCUUAAACUCCUCAAUCUAAAACAAGUUUAUUACGAAGUAGAGCACUCCGUUAUGUCUAAGGUGUCAUGCACGGCGUGUAAAGCAGGCGCAGGUUUACUACAACAUUACAUAAGACUCGGUAAAAGCAAAGAUGAGAUUAACAAGAUGAUCUAUCAAUUCUGUGUUUCACUAAAGAUUCAAUCAGCUCGCGUGUGCGAAGGCAUCACGAGAUUGUUCGGGAGUGAAGUAGUGUACGUACUAAAGCGAAUUACAAUUGGACCAGAUGAGAUCUGCAGUUUCGUUAUUGGAGAUGCGUGUGGCGAUGUUUACAAUCCGUACCACGAGUGGGAAGUAGCGUUCCCGCCUGUGCCAAAACCUGCGAUACGAUCACUUGAAGCUCCGGUCGACAAAGCUCCAACAUUUAAAGUUCUUCAGAUUUCUGACACUCACUUUGAUCCAUAUUAUGCUGAAGGUGCUAACGCUGAGUGCAAUGAGCCCUUAUGCUGUCGUGCAUCGAGCGGACCAGCACUGACUCCAGGCGGAGGCGCCGGUCGCUGGGGAGACUACCGCAAGUGUGAUACACCUAAACGAACCAUUGACCACAUGCUGAAACAUAUCGCUGACACUCACACGGAUAUUGACUAUAUUUUAUGGACUGGAGAUUUACCACCGCACGAUGUAUGGAACCAAACCAAAGAAGAAAAUUUGAAAGUUCUCCAAGAAACUGUCGCACAAAUGUCGGAUAUGUUCCCCGGAGUACCCAUAUUUCCGGCCCUUGGAAACCAUGAGUCAUCUCCUGUGAACAGUUUCCCGCCACCUUACAUCGCUUCUUCGGAACUGAAUAUCGCGUGGCUGUAUGAUGAGCUGGACGCACAAUGGCGCCGCUGGCUGCCUGCCGGAGUGUCCCACACUGUGCGCCGCGGUGCAUUCUACUCGGUACUCGUACGACCAGGCUUUCGUAUCAUAUCUCUUAAUAUGAACUACUGCAAUAACAAAAACUGGUGGCUGUUAAUGAACAGCACAGAUCCAGCAACGGAACUUCAGUGGUUGAUAUAUGAACUGCAAUCUGCAGAGUUCAGUGGCGAAAAGGUUCACAUUAUUGGGCACAUACCACCAGGCCAUUCCGACUGUUUGAAAGUAUGGAGCCGUAAUUACUAUGCCAUUGUGAAUCGAUACGAAUCAACGAUAACGGCACAAUUUUUCGGACAUACUCAUUUCGAUGAAUUUGAAGUUUUUUAUGAUCCGAAUGACCUUGGUAGAGCCACAAGUAUUGCAUACGUUGGGCCCUCUGUCACACCGUACUACGAUUUGAAUUUAGGUUAUCGAAUAUAUUAUGUAGAUGGUGACCAUGAAGCUACAACUCGGCAAGUGGUCGAUCACGAGACUUGGAUCAUGAACUUGAAGGAGGCUAAUCUAUUUGGAUACCCGAUCUGGUACAAGCUGUACUCAGCUCGCUCGGCAUACAUGAUGCCAGCGCUGAGACCACAGGACUGGGACAAGUUCAUUGACGAAAUGACUACCAAAGAAGAUGUUUUUAACUUAUAUUACAAGCAUUAUUGGAAGAACAGCCCUCGUCGCGGUACAUGCGAUGGUGAAUGUCGCAAGCGACUGGUAUGCGACGCACGAUCGGGUCGCUCGCACGACCGACGCGCUUUGUGCGGUCUGAUUGAAGCCCGCAUCGACGGUGCUGCCCCCACGCCACAGACUUGGCGAGCCUGGCUCUACAAUGGCCUGUCUGUCUCAGACGUUCCUUCUGUACAACAAGUAUAACUGGUGGUGGAGAUAGCCAUAAAUUUCCGGCGGAUCAAUAAGAAUGUCUAUGAUAAUGCAAAUACCUCAAGUGGCGUAUCAAAUACCAAAGUUCGUGAUGGGGCUCGGCUGAAAAUAUCUUUGAAAAGGAAUGUGCAAAGUUAGUAGUACCACCGGGCUUAGUCGAGACGAUAUUUUAUAUUUUUCUUAACGUUCGUCCAUCGCCUACAAUUUACCAUAAAGCGUUAUUUAUUCUUUAGAUUAUUAUCAAAUAAACGACGUGCCUUAAUCUGUUUUAAUAUACCUCCCCAUAGUGUUAAAUCAUUUUAAUGGUUUAAUAUCAGAAAACUUUAUUUAAGCGACCAAUUUCGGUGGAUAACUGCCGCAAAACUUUACGACUAAGUACUAUGUAUUUGUAAAUAUUAAUUUUAACUGUAUAAUAAAUAAGUUUCGAUAAAAA